AUGGAAACAGACAAAGAGAGUGAGGAUAAUCCUUCAGAUGGCAUUGGAGGCUUUUGUGAAAACAUAUUCACUGACAAGGAGCAUUUGGAAGAAGAACCCAAUCGCUCAACCGUAAAGAAUCCCUUGCGAAUUAGGCCAAUCAAAGUGGUCUUGGAAAAACCCAAACCCACCACCAAAGCGGACGAAGAUGACAAAACUCCUUUGAGCAAGGCACUUACUUGGAGUACACACAAGAAUGUGGAGAUUGAUCUUCACAAAGACAGCAUCAAGCCAGCAGGAGCCAUCCCACAUAUCUUACACGUUCACUACUUCAAAGGCAAUGGGAAUUGUGGCUUCCGAGCGGUUGUGGUCAGCUUGGGACACCAGUCUGACAAAUGGGACUCAAUCAGCGAGGAAAUGCAGAAGGAAUUCGAGUCGAACAAGGCCUAUUCAGACCAAAGGUUUUUGGAUAAUGUAUGGGGAGCAGGGGACAACCAAAAAGACAUCACCAAUUCUCUCGCAUGGAGAGACAAGGAACAUCAAGCCCCCCUCAAGUACUGGAUGACGUUCCCCGCACAUGACUGA